AUGUCGUCAACACAACACAAGAAACCUCCAUCGCCUCCGCGACCUUCUGCAAGCCUGAUUGUCGUCAACGCGAAGAACGAGAUUCUUAUGGUCCAAAGGCAUACAGAGUCUCGUUCGUUUGGAGGUGCACACGUAUUUCCUGGCGGUAAUUAUGAUUCGGCACAAGACAGUUCGUUAGAGAUGACUGCAAUUAGAGAGACGUUCGAAGAGACUGGUGUGCUCCUAGCCUCGCGAGUUACGGGCUCCGAGGAUUCUGGGAUACCGGAAAGUUUAUGUGACGAAGCACGUAAAGCAAUACACGCAGGCAAACGGCUCUUCACCGAUUUUUUAUCGGAGCACGGACUAGUCGCCGAUACUUCGUCUCUCCUGCCGUUUUCAACAUGGGUAACUCCAUCCGAUUCACCUGUACGGUUUCGCGCGAAGUUCUUCGUAACUUUCCUUCCGGUCGCUUCCGCCUUGUCAGGUCCAUCAUCAGGAACGCAUACGCAUCGACUUCCCACUCCUGACUCGCCAAAUGAUGGUGCUGGUCCGAAUUCGACUUCGCAAACGACCGAAGUAGUCUCCGCCGAAUACAUACAUCCGAGUGUAACUUUAGCUGCCUUUGCGCGUGGAGAGGUCGGACUAAUGCCACCACAAUUGUACAUCUUGACGACUCUCAACGAUAUAUUCAAGUCUGGGUCCAGUCCUGGUUCGGCAGCUGAGCGUGACUCUUCUGAGAAUAUCAACAUUAAUACGUCGGCGCACCGUGAGCAGGUCGCGCGACUCUCGCGUAGUAUGUUCGGACGGAUGGAGUUCAAUCCGCAGCACCUAGUGCCUCACAAUUCACCAGAUGGCUCCCAUAUCCUUGUACUCGAAGGCGACGAAGCAAGGGGAGGGAGGAAAGGAUGCUUGCACAGGACAAUAUUCGUACCCCAGAAAGGAACUCUUGUACCGAAGAAAAUGAAUCUUUUACGCAAUUUCGAUGUAUUUACGGACCUUGAAGAAGUAGUUUCUCGACAAGCGAAAUUGUAA